GGAUGUCUCUCAGCCACGAUUAAGCCUCUGAUUUAACACAUUGUAUAGAACUGUGGAACCGUAAUGAUCUUUUUUCACUGAAUAACCUAAAAUAAGAAGUAGAACAAGUCGUGAUGUCUGCGCUCCGGAGUCAGAAACAACCCAAGGCGCAGCAGCCGGUUUACGCGCAGAGGAAGAAGAAAGAUUAUUCCAGAGAAGCUCACAGUGGCUCUCAGGAGGGGAAAGAGGGGAAAGCACCGGGGAAAGGACCAGGGAAAGAGGGGAAAGAGUCCUCGUGUUCCCCCACAGAGAGGAAGCUGUCCGACGCCUCCAACACCUCGGAGGAUCUGAGCAAAGACUCCGGCUGUGCGUCCGGGAAACUCUCCUCCUCUUCGGACAGCAGCUCUGAGAUCUCGGAUUCUUGCCCCUCGGAGGGAAACAGUAAAGAGUCUCCCAGCAGGGAUUUAAGCUGGAUCGACAGAGGAGCUUAUCUGUGGAGGAGUGAUGGGAACCCGUGCGUAAAGGGAGACUCCCAGCCGCUCAGCAUGCUCCAAUCGCCGGGCGGUUUUAUGGAUCUCAUGAUGGGGGAGACCACCGAGGAUCUGGUGCGCGAGGUGGAGGAUUUGAGAUCAGAGAACGAGUAUUUGAAGGAUGAGGUGGAGGAGUUGCGCUGUGAGAUGCUGGAGAUGCGCGACCUGUUCCAGGAGGAGGAGGUUUACCAGCUGCAGAACCUGAAGCUGCAGCUGGACCAAACCAACAAAACCUGCCGCGUCCUGCAGUACCGGCUCCGCAAGGCCGAGCGCCGCAGCCUCAGAGUGGCCCAGAGCGGGGGGGCGGACGGGGAGCUGGUGCGCAGCCUGGAGCACGACAACAAG